AAAGAGAUGGAAGAGGGGCAGCACCAGCAACAGCAACAACAGAUCGGGAUGGACCCUUCAUCAUGGGGAAGCGGAAGCAACCGCAUAGCCCAUCUGGAGGAGAUAUCCACAACCUCCUUGCCUCCUGGUGAUGACAAGCAAUCCCAUGAACAAGAUGAUCCUGCUUUCAAGAAACCAAGCUGGAAAAAGUUUUUCACUUUUGUUGGCCCUGGCUUCCUCGUCUCUAUAGCUUAUCUUGACCCUGGCAAUUUGGAAACUGAUCUUCAAUCUGGAUCUAAUCAUAGAUAUGAGCUAUUAUGGGUCGUCCUCAUUGGAUUGGUGUUUGUUUUCAUAAUCCAAUCACUUGCUGCCAAUCUGGGUGUAACAACUGGCAAACACUUGUCAGAGAUAUGUAAGUUAGAAUAUCCCAAGUACGUGACUUAUUGCUUAUGGUUGCUGGCAGAGGUUGUAGCUAUUGCCGCUGAUAUUCCUGAAGUGAUUGGAACAGCAUUUGCACUCAACAUAUUGUUCCACAUCCCAAUAUGGGCAGGAGUUCUCAUAACUGGCUCGAGUGCUCUCUUACUUCUGGGUCUACAGAGAUAUGGGGUUCGGAAGCUGGAAAUGUUGAUUGCAUUACUAGUAUUUGUGAUGGCGGCAUGUUAUUUCAGGGAAUUAAGUUACGUAAAUCCACCUGCUUCAAAGGUCUUAGAAGGACUGUUCAUCCCCAAGCUCAGUGGCCAAGGUGCUACCGGUGAUGCUAUUGCUCUGUUGGGUGCCAUUGUAUCGCCGCCCAAUCUCUAUCUCCACUCUGCUUUAGUCCUCUCAAGGAAGAUACCACCAUAUGCCCGUGGCAUCAAUGAUGCCUGUAGGUUCUACUUGAUAGAGACCGGAUUCGCGCUAUUCAUAGCAUUGCUAAUCAAUGUCACAGUGGUUAUAGUAUCAGGAACUGUUUGCUUUUCUGACAACCUUUCCCAGCAGGAUCUUGAUAGAUGCAACAAUCUCACACUUGAUUCUGCUUCUUUCCUUCUUAAGAAUGCAUUAGGGAAAUCAAGUUCCACCAUUUAUGCCAUUGCAUUACUAGCUUCAGGACAGAGUUCCACCAUUACUGGUACUUAUGCUGGACAAUUUAUCAUGCAGGGAUUCUUAAACAUUAAGAUGAAGAACUGGAUGAGGAACUUGAUGACCCGGACGAUCGCAAUUACACCUAGCUUGAUUGUAUCCAUCAUUGGUGGCUCUUCUGGGGCAGGCCGAUUAAUCAUCAUCGCUUCGAUCAUACUGUCCAUUCAGCUCCCAUUUGCUCUCAUUCCUCUCCUCAAGUUCAGUAACAGUGCUAACAAGAUGGGACCACACAAGAACUCUAUCUUUAUCAUAGCUAUCUCUUGGAUCAUGGUGUUAUGCAUCAUAGGGAUCAACAUCUAUUACUUAAGUACAAGCUUUGUCCACUGGCUGAUCCACAACAAUCUACCAAAAAUUGGCAAUGUAUUUAUUGGGAUCUUUGUGUUCCCUCUCAUGGCCAUAUACAUUUUCUCUCUCAUCUACUUGACAUUCCGGAAAGAUGCAGUAGUGACAUUCAUAGAUACACCUGAUAUAGAUGCAGGUAAUGAUGUUUACAGAGAGGACCUUACAAAUGUUCCAUUACCAGAGUGA